AUGGUUUCUUCUUCUUCAUCUUUCUUCUUCUUCUUCUUCUUCUUCUUCUUCUUCUUCUUCUCUGUCAUAUUCAAAUUCAUCUUUAUUGAUUUUAUUAUUGUUUCUUCUUCUUUCUUCUUCUUCUUCACCUUCGUUUACUUAUUUGUUUCAAAUCUGCAAGAAAAUAUUGUGCUUCUUAUUAUUAUUUCUUCGUUUCCUUCUUUGUUUUCAAAUCAAUUCUUCAUCUUUACUGAUUUUAUUAUUGUUUCUUCUUCUUCUUUUUUUUUCUUUCUUCUUCUUCUUUUUUCUUCUUCUUCUUCUUUUUUCCUCAUCCUCUUCUUCUUUCUUCUUCUUCUUAUUCUUCAUCUUCUAGUUUUUAUUUUUCAUUAUAUUUUAAAUUCUUCAUCUUUAAUGAUUUUAUUAUUGUUUGUCGUCUUCAACUUCUUUUCUUUCUUUUUCUUCUUCUUCUUUUCUUCUUUAAUUUCUAUCUUUCUUUUUAUUUUACUGUCUUCUUUUUAA